AUGGAGAAGGGCAAAAAGCAGCAGAAAUAUGCACAAGGAGAGAGGCUGAUCAAUCUGAGCCUAGGCAGAAAGAUGUUCCUUUGCAAGCAUUGCAACCGCGAGUUCCUCAGCCUGCAGGCGUUGGGAGGCCACCAAAAUGCUCACAGAAGAGAGAGAAGUAUGUCUACGCACUGCUCCAGAGGCCGCACCACCGCCCCUCAUCAGGAGCCCCGCGAUUUCCCGAGAUGGGAACAGAAGGAGGACCUUGAUUUGGAACUUAAACUUUAA